UAAUUAUAAUUAAUACAUAUGUUUAGAUAAAUUAUCAUUAUCUAUUUGGUUACAAAAUAUAUGAUACAAUGAAACAUACAUUUUGUAUGUUAUGCAUAGAUCUAAAUUACUAGCUCAUAACUUUUACAAUGUAAUAUAUUAUUUCUAAGCCUUUGUGUGUUAAAUUCUUAAAAAAAAAUUAUUUUGUAAAAUGUUUGCAAAUACAUACAUUAAAUAAAAAUUGUUGUUGUUAAGAGCAGAUUUUAACUAUUUGUCGAUUUAAGUCAUUGUUGAUUUUAAUUGACAUACGUGGACUUGGUAACACUGCUGUCUGCUGAAUCUUUAGAAGACAGAGUUGUAAUCAGCAUAUCCAAAAAAAGGCGAAAAGUGAGAUUUGACGGUUUGCUGGGGUAAAAUCGUCCUUAAUAGAGGAAAAUUAUAAUUUUUUAGUUUUUGAAACGAUUUAAAGAAAACAUUAAUAUAUAGCAGAAGAAAUGUCACAUCAUUAUGUGGUUACGGCACAAAAGCCAACAGCAGUUGUUAGCUGCGUGACCGGUAAUUUUACAUCGCCAACUGAUUUAAAUUUAAUCAUUGCCCGAAACAGCCAGUUAGAAAUUGAUUUAGUUACGCCCGAAGGACUGCGACCAUUAAAAGAAGUAAAUAUUAAUGGCCAAAUAUCUGUCAUGCGUCACUUCCGUCCGCAGGAUAGUAAAAAGGAUCUACUUUUUAUACUUACAUUGCGAUACAAUGUUAUGAUACUGGAAUGCCGGAUGGUCGGGGACCAAAUUAGUGUUGUUACAAAAGCGCAUGGUAAUGUAUCCGAUCAAGUAAGCAUACCGACUGAGGGCGGUGUUAUCGCUGUUAUUGAUCCAAAGGCGCGAGUUAUUGGUAUGUGCCUUUACAUGGGUCUGUUCACUAUUAUACCCUUGGAUAAAGAGACAAGCGAAUUGAAGGCGACUAAUUUACGUAUGGACGAAUUAAAUGUUUACGAUGUGGAGUUUCUAUACGGCUGCAUUAAUCCCACAAUUAUUGUUAUACAUAAGGAUGUAGAUGGACGGCAUGUGAAGACGCAUGAGAUUAAUUUACGUGACAAAGAGUUUAUGAAAAUUGCCUGGAAACAAGACAAUGUAGAGACAGAAGCCACAAUGUUGAUACCAGUACCAACACCAUUGGGUGGCGCUAUUGUUAUUGGCCGUGAAUCGAUCGUAUACCAUGAUGGAAAUAGUUACCAUGCUGUAGCGCCUUCUACAUUUAAGCAAAGCACCAUUAACUGCUAUGCGCGCGUAGAUAGCAAAGGUCAACGUUAUUUGCUGGGAAACAUGUAUGGACAAUUGUUUAUGCUAUUCUUGGAGACUAUAGACAAUGGCAAAGGCGGCGUAUCAGUCAAAGAAAUUAAGGUAGAAUUACUAGGUGAAAUUUCCAUACCUGAAUGCAUAACGUAUUUGGAUAACGGCUUUCUCUUCAUUGGUUCAAAACAUGGCGACUCUCAGCUAGUUCGUUUAAGUACAACGCCCAACGAGAAUGGCUCCUACGUUAUACCCAUGGAGAACUUUACCAGUUUGGCACCUAUACUUGAUUUAGGUGUUGUAGAUUUGGAUCGACAAGGUCAAGGACAAAUUAUAACAUGCUCCGGCAGCUUUAAAGAUGGCUCACUACGAAUUAUACGGAUUGGUAUUGGUAUUCAGGAGCAUGCCUGCAUUGAUUUGCCUGGCAUAAAAGGUAUGUGGUCACUUAAAGUGGGUAUAGACGAAAGUGUCUUUGAGAACACAUUAGUACUGGCAUUUGUGGGUCAUACUCGAAUUUUGACUCUAACUGGUGAGGAGGUUGAAGAAACUGAUAUACCAGGCUUUAUUAGUGAUCAACAGACUUUCCAUUGCUCAAAUGUUGAUUAUGACCAGAUUAUACAAGUGACUCCACUUACUGUUCGUCUGGUUAAAAGUAGCACUAAAUCUUUAGUAGGUGAAUGGCAACCGCCAGAUGGUAAACGUAUUGGAGUAGUGUCGUGUAAUUCAUCACAAAUUGUUGUUGCUUCGGCAUGCAAUGUAUACUACAUUGAAAUCGAGAAUUGCGUUUUGGCGGAAAAAUCACACAGGGCUUUAGAAUAUGAAGUUGCUUGUUUGGAUAUUACCCCAUUAGAAGAGGGUAAAAAUAAAGCAGACCUUGUCGCAAUUGGAUUGUGGACAGAUAUAUCUGUUGUGAUUCUAUCACUGCCAAAACUGGAAACGAUGUACACUGAAAAAUUGUUUGGUGAAAUCAUACCACGUUCCAUUCUGAUGACUACAUUUGAAGGCAUACAUUAUUUGCUCUGUGCGCUUGGUGAUGGUUCCAUGUUCUAUUUCAUAUUAAAUAGAUUGGAUGGGCGUCUAAGUGAGAAGAAAAAAGUUACUUUGGGUACACAACCAACUACUUUGCGUACUUUUAAAUCAUUUGCCACAACUAAUGUAUUUGCCUGCUCGGAUCGUCCCACUGUUAUUUAUUCGUCAAAUCAUAAAUUGGUAUUUUCAAAUGUCAAUUUGAAGGAAGUAAAUCAUAUGUGCUCACUGAAUGCGCAGUCAUACCCAGACAGUUUGGCUUUAGCCACAAAGAAUUCGGUGAUUUUAGGCACCAUCGACGAGAUACAAAAGCUGCAUAUUCGCACUGUGCCACUGGGUGAGGGUCCACGACGCAUUGCGUAUCAAGAGAGUUCACAAACAUUUGGUGUGGCAACGCUACGUGUUGAUGUACAAGGUCGUGGUGGUCCCAAACCCACAAGACCGAGUGCCUCGACUCAAGCACAGAAUAUAACCUACGCAUCGAACAUUAUACCUAAACCGGGUGGCGGUAGUGCAGCAACUACAAAUGCUGAAGUUGGUCAAGAAUUGGAAAUAAACAAUUUACUUAUAAUCGACCAGAAUACUUUCGAGGUCUUACAUGCGCAUCAAUUUAUGCCAUCGGAAAGCAUAAUUUCACUGAUGUCCGCUAAACUUGGUGAUGAUCCUAAUACGUAUUAUGUUGUAUCCACCGCGCUAAUCUAUGCAGAUGAUCCAGAACCUAAAAUUGGUCGUAUAAUUAUCUUUCACUACAACGAAGGCAAGCUAACCCAAGUGGCCGAAACGAAAAUCGAUGGUUCAUGUAACUCCCUGGUGGAGUUUAACGGCAAAGUGUUGGCGGGCAUAAACAGUUUUGUGCGGCUUUAUGAAUGGACUAACGAAAAGGAGUUGCGCAUGGAAUGUAAUAUUCAGAAUAACAUUUCUGUAUUGUACCUAAAGGCCAAAGGUGACUUUAUUUUGGUUGGUGAUCUGAUGCGUUCGAUGACAUUGCUGCAGCAUAAACAGAUGGAAGGUAUUUUCGUUGAGAUUUCACGUGAUUGCGACCCUAAGUGGAUGAGGGCUGUCGAAAUCUUGGAUGAUGACACAUUUUUGGGUUCGGAGACCUACGGCAAUCUUUUCGUUUGUCAAAAAGAUAGCGCCGCCACGACGGAUGAAGAACGACAGUUAUUGCCAGAAGUUGCACGCUUUCAUUUGGGCGAUGUUGUAAAUGUGUUCCGUCACGGUUCCUUGGUAAUGCAAAACGUUGGUGAACGUACAACACCCAAUAUGGGUUGUGUGCUGUAUGGUUCCGUGAAUGGCGCCAUUGGUAUUGUUACGCAAAUACCGCAAGAUUUCUAUGAUUUCUUACAUAGCCUUGAGGAACGUUUAACAAAUACGAUUAAAUCGGUAGGAAAAAUAGAUCAUUCUUAUUAUAGAAGUUAUCAAACGACACAGAAGACCGAGCCGUGUGAAAAUUUCAUUGAUGGCGAUUUAAUUGAAAGUUUCCUCGAUUUGGGUAGGGAUAAAAUGAAGGAAACUGUUAUGGGCUUGGAGCUUACACUAAACGGUGAAAAGAAGGAGGCUGAUGUCGAUGAUGUAAUUAAAAUUGUCGAGGACCUCACGAGAAUGCACUGAAGUGCGCCUUUUAAUUUUAGUUUGAUCUUUCUGCUAUGUAAUGUCACAAUAUCUAUAUCGUUGCAAUAGAUUUCGAUGAAGUGAUUAAUUGAUUAAUUUGUUUAACCAAUAUGAAAGAGAAAUAAAUAUUAGGCUUACUUCGAAAACGUACCACCGCAAAGUAUCGAUACAGUAUGACUACAGGAUUUAUACAUCAUCGGUACAAAACGUCAAACCACAUUGCAAAGUGUUGCGUUGCAUAAUUUAACGUUAUAGACACCUUUUACGGCAAAAGCUUACUCUCGCAAUAAGUUAUUUUGUUUUUGCGAGCGUAAAGGAAAUUUAAAUAAAUGCUGAAUGUAAGCAAAUUUAGUAUAAAUUAAUAACACGAUUAAUAAGACAGCUUAUCAAUCUGACUCCGCCAUCGUUGCAUCCGUAAAUGUAAAAAAAGCAACUUUAUUUGUGAUGCGCGAUGUUCUCUGUCACUGCGCAUCAACUAACGGGUUAAUGUGUUUACAUGAUGCACUUUCAGAAAUAUUCGAAUGCAUUACAGAACAUUAUACUUUGUUUAUUUAUUGUUAUGCAUUGCAAUUGACGUUUUUGAAGUCAGCCUUACUUGUACACGAUCGUUAAAA